GGAAAAUUCCUGCUUUUUCUUUACCCAGUUGAAUCUUCCUUUCGAAGGAUGGAUCUUUUUGUGAACCCAUCUUCGCUGAAAUCGAACAGAUUUGAAACAGCUAUAUGGGCAUCCAAGCUUGUGCUUAUGUCCAUGGGGAUUCUGUCCACUCUGGUUUUGUUUAAAGUGACUGUAAUCCCAUUUACAUUUAACCUCGUCGUCUCCAUUGUUCCUCGUCUUUGGGCUUCUGCAAGAACCUUACUUUCGCCACCGUUCGUUUACGUCAUCGUCAACUUCAUCAUUAUCACCAUUGUUGCGUCCUCCAACUUCCACCACAAAAGCACACCCUAUUCUGAUUCCCCACCCGAUGAUCCCAAGCACACAACGAUCUCCGCCGCCAUUUCAGAACACGAUGUUUCCGAUACCACCCACCAACCCGUGCCAGAAAACCAAACCAAUGAGCCGAAUGAAGAACAAGGAGACGACGACGACGACGAAAGAACAAACGUUAAAGACUCUGUUUUGUCUCCGGUGGACCCAUCAUCGGGAAAGAACGUAAGCAAGGAAUUCCCGCCGGAUUCUGAUGACUCGCUUGAUGGUACGUGGAGGGCAAUUAUGGAGGGGCAACGGAAGACGGCGACGCCGAUGCUUAAGAAAAGCGACACUUGGACUGCGACGAUCAGGAAAGCAGAGCCAUUGUUAGUCCGAGGAGAUGGCAAGGCAGAGGACGGCGGCGGCGGCGACGACGACGACGACGAUCCAGCGGCAUGGGCUAAGAAGGAAUUGAGAAAAUCAGAAACUUUCAACGAUACGGCGUCGUUGAGGAGAGAGAAAUCGAUGAGCCCGGAAGAACUGUAUAAGAGAGCAGAAGCUUUCAUCAAGAACUUCAAUCGCCAAAUGAGAUUGCAGAGGCUGGAAUCUUACCAGCGUUUCAUGGAACGGAUCAACGGAGUUUCUAAUUAAUCAAUAAUUAAUGUGGUUAAUCUUUCUUCCUUCUGAAAAAUUAACCAAAUUUGAGAGUCUUUUUAGAAGUUUAUCCACCUUUUGUAGGUACAUAUUCUGAGUUUGUGUUUGAGUUUUAGUUCUAUUUUCUCACUGCAUUGUCAAUUCUAUCUGUUCAGUAGAAUUACUCGCAAUGCAUGUUAUUCCGUAAUCUCUGUACCAGAAGAGACCUCUUCCCAAUUAGUAUUAAUCAUGUGGAAUCUUUCUAUGUAUAAAAUUCUAGAUUAAAUAUUGUUUAUCU